CCCCUUUGCCUGCUCGCCCUUUUUCGUCUUCUUUAAUGAGUAAAGGCUCUCCCUUCCACUCCCCACGCUGUUGCUUCUCUUCCACGCCAGAUCACCCUUCGCUUCCUUUCCCUUGUCUUUAUUAAACAAUUAAUUAAUUAAUUAAUUUAACACCGUUUAAUUAUUCUUAUUGGAUAUAAGUCCACGGCCUUUUACGCUGUCGGUAAAAGGUCAAAACGGCUACUGCCAUCCAUUAACGAGAAAGCUUUUAUUUGGAGAGAAUAGAACAUAAACGAAAUUUCUUUUGUUCGAUUGCUCUUUGUUUGGAUCAAAUUCAUAUUCCUUUCUCUCAAAUGAUAGAUUUUCUUUCUAUUCUUCUCCUUUUGAGAUCUUAACAUAAAAAUGCAGCAACAAGAAGCUUCUUCAAGACCUCGAAGCUCCGCUUAUCUCAACGCGCUCACACAAGAAAUCGAGAAAAAGCUUCAGCGGGCAUUAGCGUCUUCAUCUCAGAGACGCAACUUAUUACAACAAUUAUUCGCCGAUAUAGCUUUGGAAGUGGAUGAUCGAGCCAAAGAUAUAAUACUGAGUAGAGAAGAAGAUGCAAUAUCUCCUGCAGAGUACGGUAUUAAUGGCCGUCUAUGUUUUUACGAUGUGCUUGCUGAUUAUUAUGUUCAAGAGCCGGAAAGUGGAAAGCCUAUCCUUGAUUUGAUUGUCCAGCUAUGGAGCCAAUCAUUUGCAUCCCAAAAUUUUGCCCUUUUAUUCCAUAAAUGGUUAUUUGAAGUCCAACUGGAUAAUGCUGAUGUACUACUUCGUUAUUCAUCUGCGCUUGUUCAGGGUGCAACAAAUGUUUUCUGGAUUGAUAUCCAAUCAAAUACAAGGCGUUUCCAGUCUUUAUUUCAGUACCUCCUUGAGGAAGUUGCAUUGGAGCCCACAAGGUUAAAUAAAAUUCCAGUACAGGCCCAGCGAGAUCUGUACCUUUUACUUUCAAGGUUCAUAUUCUUUUAUAACUCAGUUGAAAAACUUGAAAGCUUCUUCAAGCAGUGCCCUGCAUUUCCAAAUGCUUUCCUGAUUGGUGGACCAGCAGAUAUACUUGUUAUUGAACUAGCAGACCAGCUUCAAAAGUUAAAGGUGGAGCCAGUCCUACUGCAUUAUCUUUCGCAGAUAAAGGUUCUCCAGGGCAUGGAACUGAGAAUGGCCACAAGUACGAGGUUGAAGACCAGUUUGUAUAGCUUUACCUCUCCUGGUGGUCCAAUGUAUCCUACAAGGGCUGUCCGUCAUGCAGCUUGGGAUGCCUUAGAUUUGCUUUUUCCUGUUGGGCGUUACCCUCGGCAUCUUAUAAGUUUGUUCUUUAGACUAUUAUAUCCAUGGUAUUGGCCAUCUUCAUGUUGGAACUUUAUAGUGUCUUGCAUAAAAGCUGUGCUCUGUUCCUUGUUGAGGUUGAUCUUUUCUAGUUGGGGGAAGCUGCCAAAAAGGGCCUAACCAUCAAGCCAAAAAUUCAAAGAUCGGUGCAAUAAACUAUGCGUUGAACUUUAAAUUUGUAUGAUUGCGUGUAUUAUAUAUGUUCUUUUGUAACCUUGUGUUUUUCUUUUAUGAGAGGUGAUGUACGUGUUGACAUUAUGAAGUGCAGCAUCCGUUUUGAUUA